AUGGCCUCUGCUAAGGAAAACCGAUCCUGUGAGGGCAGCAGCAGGCCAGAAGAGGAGAAUCUGUGCACCUCCCCAGAUGUGCUUGCCCUUCUGUUCCUGUGCCGGCUGUACCAAGACAACAAGAUAGCUAAACUGUUGCCAAUCCUGCUCCUCAAGUAUCAGAAGAAGGAACCUAUCACCAAGGCAGAAAUACUGCAGUUUGUGGCCCCGCGUUACCACGGGCACUUCCCUCUGUUAUUCAAGGCAGUCUGUGAGUGCAUGUGUCUGGCCUUUGGCAUUGAUGUGCAGGAAGUGAAUUCCCCUGGCCAAACUUAUAUCCUUUUCCCUGUCUUGGGCCUCACUUAUAAUGGCAUAGUGAGUGAUGAUUACCAGAGCUUUUCUAAAAUCAACCUCCUGAUGGUCAUUCUCUCAGUCAUCUUCUUGAAGGGCAACCGUAUCAAUGAGGUAGAUUUACGAGAAUUCCUUAAAACAAGGGAAAUGUUACCACAGAAGGAGCAUUUUGUGAUUGGAGACCCCUGGCAAUUCAUCACAAAGCAUUUGGUAGAACAACAGUACCUAGAGUGUAGACAGGUCCCCGAUAGUGAUCCUGCUCAGUACGAGUUCCUGUGGGGUCCAAGGGCCCGUGCCGAAACCAGCAAGAUGAAAGUCCUAGAGCAUUUGGCAAAGGUUAAUAGGAGAGAUGCCAGGUCCUACAAACGUCUACAUGAAGAGGCACUGAGAGAGGAGCAAGAGGCCACCCAUUCAUGCAAUAGGAGCAAAUGA